CUCGCGCAUGUGAUUUCUGUGCGCUCGUGCAGCGGUCUUCAGUCAGUGUGAAGGAUUUUUCCUCAGUCGGACUCGCAGAUGCUGAAAACAAAUGUUUCGACUUUAAACGGCUUAAAUUAAGCACAAAGUCCGACACCGUGUGUGAAGGGGAUGAGAGAAGACUCCAGCUGUGGUCACAACAGAAGUCUGAUGGGAGAAGCAGAAUGUCAUCGUUCAUCUGUGGGCAGUCAUGACACGCGCUCCAUUGCUGAGCGUUCUGAGGACGGCCGGACGGUCAGCGUGGUGUCCUCCGUCUCCUCCUGCUCGUCUCUAGAGGGAAACAUCACGCCGUCAGCAUUUGCAGGUGAUAUUAACCUGGAGCUCAUCCCUCCGAAGGCUCCCACAGAUCCUCCAGAACCAGACUGGACCGUAUCAGAACCUGUGAUUACAUCAUCAGAGCGCAGAAAAGACCCUCCCUCGCCGAUUGCCUCCGUCGCCAUGGCGCCCAACCCCCAUCUCACGUAUGUGGAUCGAGUGGUGAUGGAGAUCAUUGAGACGGAGAGGACGUACGUCAGGGAUCUGCGCAGUAUCGUUGAGGACUAUCUUGUACACAUUAUAGACAGCAGAGAUCUGCCCAUCAAGCCGGAGCAAGUGUGCUCUUUAUUUGGGAACAUUGAACAGAUCUACGAGUUCAACAGCGAGUUGUUUCACACUUUGGACGCGUGCGCCUGUGAUCCUGUGGCUAUCGCCCGCUGCUUUGUGGACAAGAGCGAGUAUUUUGAGAUCUACACGCAGUACUGUACAAACUACCCUAAUUCAGUGGCAGUUCUCACAGAGUGUCUGAGGAAUAAAAGUCUGGCCAAGUUUUUAAGGGAUCGUCAGGCGUCUCUCAGACAUUCUCUUCCUCUGGGUUCAUACCUGCUUAAACCUGUUCAGAGGAUUCUGAAAUAUCACCUGCUGCUUCAGGAAAUAGCCAAACACUUUGACUCUGAGGAAGACGGGUACGAUGUGGUGAUAGAUGCCAUCGACACCAUGACAGGAGUGGCCUGGUACAUCAACGACAUGAAGAGAAAACACGAGCAUGCUGUGAGACUUCAGGAGAUCCAGUCUCUGCUUAUCAACUGGAAGGGUCUGGAUCUCACCAGCUAUGGUGAACUGGUUCUGGACGGAACCUUUCACGUCCACCGGGCCAAGAACGAGAGAACCCUGUUUCUGUUCCAUAAGAUGCUGCUUAUUACCAAGAAACGAGGAGAACAUUACGUCUACAAGACUCACAUCUCGUGUUCUACACUCAUGCUGAUUGAAAGUGCCAAAGACCUCCUGUGCUUUAGCGUGACCCAUUACAAACACCCCAAACAGCCGCACACGGUUCAGGCCAGAACUGUGGAGGAGAAGAAACUCUGGGCUCAUCACAUAAAGAGACUCAUUUUGGAGAAUCAUCAUGUCGUUAUUCCACAGAAAGCCAAAGACGCCCUAUUAGACAUGGAUUCCUCAUGUCUGGUGAAGCAUCGCUACAGUCCGGACCGGAUGAAGAAAGCCACAUCUUGUCGUGUUGAUGAUUUCUCUGCGUGUGCUUUAAAGGAGCGGAGAAGAUCAGAACCGGGAAAGCAGAUCACACGGAGCUCAAGAGGAAGUCUCAAGCACGCCGACAGUGAAGGCGCUCUGUUAGUGGUGAAACAGAGGCGUUCACUACCGCCCGCCGCAGACGUCUCGGCCCUGAGCGCUGAAAUCCGACAGAACCAUCAAGACCUGGAGUCCAGUACAGGCUCGCUGUACCACCCCGAUGAAAGCAGACCUCACGGAGAGCAGGAGGACGAACAGAAGAGCGCUGAUGACAGAGGAGAGGAUGAGCAGGUAGCUGACUUCACCACUUCGGUUCUGGCCGCUCUCUCCUGUCUGCAGUACAGGGCCAGAGCUUUGCUUUCACAUCCGAUCACAACGGACACAGAUGGAUGCUGCAUUACUGCAGAGAACUGGUCCAUGAGCAAGAGCCGUCCAGCAUCUCAUGAGCAGAAGUGUCAGCAGAUGUCUGAUGGUUUGACCUUUGUUGAGCAGAGCUCAUCUGAGCUACACGGUUCACAGAAGAUCUCAUGUCCGCUCGGAGACGCUGUGGAGGAUGUGAUGAGCCCAUCACACAGUUAUACACAGACAGGUGGGACAGUCGUCCACAGAUACAACACAGAUCCAGCGAUAAGAGAUCUCUGCAAUGGAGGGGGAGCAGAGGAAGAGGAUUUGGAGGAUAGUGUGUGUUUCUCAUCCCCAGAAGUGCAGGACAAGAAAGAGAUAUCUCAACUCAUGGGAAAUAUGGAUGACAUGGAGAUAGACGAGGAAGUUGCAGCACACGGUGGCCUCUUGCCUUCAUCUGUUCUGGACAAGGCCAGUGAUUUCUCCGAGCUGUUUCCCGGCAGCCCGUCCCGCGGGAUCAGUCUAGGAGCAGAUGGUUCAUGUGACAUGGGCUGCCCAUCUUCUCGCUCAGAAAGCCGAAGGAGCAGUUUGUUGAGCUGUAGUACAGAAAUCCGUGAGAAAGAGUUCAGAAGGUCCACUCCAGAACCAGUCCACCAGACCGCUGCCGACCGCUCGUUCAGACCAGACCAGAGACCUCAAAAGAAAAAUGACACGCUCUCCAACAAUGACCGAAUGCUCAUACAUAAGAUCAGACGAUACUACGAACACGCCGAAGACCAGGAUGCCAGCUUUGCCAUUAAACGUAGAGAAAGCCUCUCGUACAUUCCCGCAGGCCUCGUCCGUAAUCUGAGUCGACAGCUCAAUGACCAUAUGUCAGAUGAAGACAUGGCGUUACACAAGAGGGCGUCUUCCAUCAUGCGGCCAACAUCGUGGGCUGUCUUCAAUCUGCCAGCCUUAGAAAGUGAGAGCAGGUACAAAGAGUGCAUCUAUGACUCCAAGACUUCUGAUGGAGAUGAGAUGUGUAGUAAAGAUGAGGAAUUUCGCCCCGCGUCUGAUAUGGUUAAGGUGUGGCAAGAGAUGGAGGUCAAGAGGUCAUCUGAAGAACCUCCAGACUCUUUGGAGAUCACUGAGAGUUCCUGUACUACGACACCUGAUCAAGAAAAGAGAGCGGAAAUCAGCAAGAUUAGCUCUGAUAGUGGACUUGGUGAACCUUUGCUAAUACUGGAAGAGUCGGAUGAAGGUUCGACCCCUUCCAGAGUCAACACCCGCUUGGAAAAGGAUGAGAAUCAUGAGUUUCAGAGCUAUCCAAACCAGGAACACAAGGUCCAGGAGCGACACGAAGUCAACCACAGUCCUCUUCCCAAAAUAAUCUCUUUAAAAUCUGCCAACGAAGAAGACCUCAUCCUGCAAGACAUGGAGAAGAUGAAAAAUAAAGUCUUCCAGCUGGCCAGACAAUACAGUCAGCGAAUCAAGAACAGCAGACCAGUAGUAAGACAGAGACACAAGGUCACAGAAAGCCAUUUGAUGGCCAAUUCUUUGUCUUCUGUCAUAGAGGAGAAACCUUUGGCACAAGAGAAAGGCUUGCCCGACAGGACACUGUCUCUGGACUUGAAUGAGCAGGACCUUGUUCAGGACUCUGAGAACACUAGUCCAUCCUCCAGCAUCUGUUCUCCUGGAAGUCCUCAGUUCCCCUACUUCUGUAGAUUAAACAUCCAGAGACCGCAAAGCCCAGUGCAGGUGGAAAGCUUCCACUGGCCAGAUGUGAAGGAGCUGUGCUCCAAAUAUAGCAACCAAGGUCAGAAGAGCAUCUCUCAUCGUUACCCGAUGGGUCGUGGUGUCUCUUUUCCAGAGAGGAUGCUGGACCAUGAGCGUGAGGUGUCUUGCUCUUCCUUGUGUAAUUUCACGACGCAAAGAGCUACGAACACUGAUCUAGAGGCUGUUCCUUCACUUUGUCGAGUUAACUCUCUUGAUCACGAUCUUGAAACGCAACACACACGUCAACAACCAGAUAACUGUUGUGUUACAGGUCACAGAACUCUGUCAAGUGAGAUAAUGGUUGAGAAUGUCUGUAGGGUCAAGCAGAGCCUGGAAACAGAGGACAGAAGUGAGGGGCGGGGAAGAUGGGAUGCCGUUGCACAAUCUGAACUUGCAUUGAUAGAGUGCACAGAGCAGGACGUGAGGUUUGGCGUGUGGGUGCGUGGAGGUCAACAACCCUGCUUGACGGAGGAAACCCAGAACAGUCAACACAACUUGGUUAAAAACCUGCGGGAGAAAUUUCAGAACCAGAGUUCUUACACAUGAGGUUUUAUGUGUUAUAUUGAAGUACAAACUCAGACAGUUCACAUUUAACGUUGUGCUGCAGAACAUAUGACUUGUGUUCGAUCUUAAACAGGUUGUCAACAAACAUACUCCACAGUUCAAACCCUCUAGAAAAGGGAAACAUGUGGACUACAUAGAGUUUCUAUUCAUAGAACGACAUUCUACAUGUGAUCUACAUUCAUGUUUAUUGGAUUUUUUUCUAAAUGCAAGCAUUAGUUCAAGAAAUUAACAGAUGACCCCGGUGGUGCAGCUGUUUUGUGUUUCUUAGUUCACUCUUUGGAAAUGAAAAGCCACAAGAAUGACAGUCAUUGAGUUUACAGUAAGGCUUCCAAAUGACCUCACCAAGCAAGAAAAGAAAGCGCCCUGUAAUAUGACAUUCAUAUGAUGUUGAGAGACACUGGUCAUCUGCACUGACCACAGGAAAGAACUUAAUCUUAUCAAGUCAUUUCACGCUAAUGAACAGAAAACUGGAGUUUAUAAUCGGAUCAAACCAGAUCUGUGCUAAACAAUCAGAAGAUUGAUGUCAUCUUUGGUAUGAAAUAUGUUGACUGAAUGUCUGCUGUAUGUUGAAUGAAUUGACUGUUGUUUAAGGUUCAGGUGAUUCACACUCAGUCUACAUGUUGGGAUUGAACUGAUGUAUGUUACAGAACGGCCACAAACUGUGUCGCUGUGUUUGGGUGAAUGUUCUUUAUCAUUGGGAGUUGAUGUUAUAAGCUAGCUAUAUUUCUGCAUAGUGGUACGGGGUAGAUCCUUAGAUCCUCUGUUCUCUUUCUUAUUUAUUUGAAAUGCUGUAAAUAUCUGUCAGCUGUGACCGUUUGUAAAAAUCACCCCAUUGUUUAUUUCAGUUUUAGUUUUCUCUGUUGUAAGACAGAUGUACAAUUAAAAACCCUUUCAACACUGUUA